CAGUCGAAAUAAGGAACUGUAACUGGAGACUGCAGAUAUUCUUUUACUAUUGUGUUGGGGUUUUUGGGGUUCGGGUUCGCGUGGCGGGGGCAAGAGCGCGACAUGGACGGCAAACGGCAACGACGAUGACAUUAUUUUAUUUAUGCUGUGAUAGUGAAAUACCAACACCAACAACAAGAACAAGAACAACACCAAAGUCACGAAUCAAACGCAAUAUUUUCGCAGAGAGGAGAGAAAACCAAUUAACCAAUUAAAUGAAAUAAAUUAAACUAGUAAAACCAAACCUAAAAGCUUUAACCGAAUAAAAAAACACCAAGCAAGACAUUGCAAAUAAUUAUUAAUGAUAAAACAUAAAUGAAUAGUGAAAACCAAGCACCAAUUAGCGCAUAACCUAUAAAUGAUAGUCAAUAUGUUUAGCUAGUUACCAUUUAUAUACAUACAUAGAUACUACUAAUUAGUGGCUUUAAACGAAACACCAAACCAAACCAAACCGCAAGGAAAAACCAAUACUUAUGCAGUUCAAUUGUAUAGAACGAAUAUAACUAUAACUAACGAAUAACGAUUAGGGAAUCUGGACACACUACUGAUAAGGAUAGCGAAAAUAUUAAGCUUAUUUGCAAAUAGAAAAUAAUAAUAGCAACGCCCCCCUACUCCCUUCACCGUGCUCUAAAAGCCCGAGAACCAAAAAUUUCAUUCAGAAAACGUGCCACACAAACAGCCGGAUAGGCAAAUGUCAAAGUCAUAAAGAGCGGGAGUACACGCAAAAGAGAGAGAGCACAGCAAGAGAGAGAGGGAAAGCACAACGGAAUGUAAAAAAGCUCAAAAACAGAAUUCAAAUGUUAAAACCAUAAGGACAUCGAGGAAAGCGCAGGAUAAAAGCUCGUCCCAAGACACAAGCCCCCAGUCCAAAAUGGCCGCAACAGCAGCAACGGGGAUAACGGGAACUGGCACUGGUACUGGAACGGGAACAACAACGCACCACCACGACGAUGCCAGCAGCAUGAGCGACGACGUCUUCGAGGAUGCAGAGACCACACAGGCCCGCAUCGAGGAGCUGCGUCGCCGGCCCUUUGGAGAUGGCUGUUACAAUCCCCCCGCCGCACCCGUAUCAAUAUCAGCCACGGUGGCGGCUUCCGCAUCCGCAGCAACAACGACGCAGCAGCAGCAGCAGCAGCAACAGCAUCAUCAUUAUCACCAUCACCAGUAUCCGCAUCAUCAUCAAAGCCAGCAGAGCCUGACGGGCAGCAGCCAUCACUUCCAUGACGACGCCAUAAUGGCGCCCGUGCAGCGGACGGCCACAGGAUAUCCGGGCUACCGACCCUCACGAGAAGCUCUCCAGAUGUACGCCUACGGCACUGGAGAUGACUACGACGAUUACGACGAUGGCUGGCGUUCAUAUCGUUACGAUGAGGUGGACAUGCAUCAGGCACAGCCGACGGCCAAUUUGCAACCCUUCGACGACACGGUCAAUCACAAGACGAUACUGCUGGGGGACUCUGGCGUGGGCAAGACAUCCUUCCUGGUCAAAUACAAUACGGGCGAAUUUCGGCUGGGCUCCUUCUCGGCGACGGUGGGCAUUGCUCUGACGAACAAAGUGGUCGUCGUCGAUGGCACACGCGUGAAGCUACAGAUCUGGGACACGGCCGGACAGGAGCGUUUUCGCAGCGUUACACACGCUUACUACCGGGAUGCACACGCUCUGCUGCUGCUGUACGAUGUGACCAACAAGACCACCUACGACAACAUACGCGCCUGGCUCGGUGAGAUACGGGAGUAUGCCCAGGAGGACGUGGUCAUCGUUUUAAUAGGCAACAAGGCCGAUUGCAGUGGCAGUGAGCGACAGGUGAAGAGGGAGGAUGGCGAGCGCCUGGGCAGGGAGCACAAUGUACCAUUCAUGGAGACAUCAGCCAAGACGGGACUCAAUGUGGAGCUGGCCUUUACAGCGGUGGCUAGGCAGCUUAAGAGUCGCGGAUACGACCACGGCGAUGAUGGAAAAUUCAAUGUGCAUGAUUUUGUGCGUGACAAUACAAAGGCGCGCUCCGUCUGUGCCCAGUGCAGGAACAUGUAAUUUUUCCCUGGCCACAUCGUCCCUAUCCCGUGCACAAAAGAAUGCCAGAAAGAGCAGGAAAAACCCCCGCCAAAGAGGGCCAGCGGGGGGAAAAACAAAAAACACUAAACCAGCAGACAGAUCAAAGGGAAAAUGGGAAAAAGGUCGAUGGGUAUGGCAGGAGCUGGGCAAAAGUCGAACUUCUGCAUUUAAUAAAACACACACAAAAAGAUACGCACACAGAAUACACAGAUACACACAGAGUAAAACACGACCCACAGAUACACCUACAGACAGGAUAACAUAUGUAUGUUGGCACCAAUUUUUUAAGACCCUAGCGGGAAGGUAGCGGAUAGUAUGGGUGGGUGGGGGCGUAGAGAGUAGAGUACUCAUGGUAUGUGCGGUAUGGUUAGCAUUUUGUAUGUAAAUUGGAAUUUUUGGGUAACGGGGGGUGCGUGCAUAAAAUAUUGAACAAUAUAUAGAUAUAUAUAUACAGAUACAGAUAUGAUAUAUCCACAUAUACAACUGCAUGUUGCAUAAAUGUACUUUAUUAAAAAGAGGCAACCCACAUGGAGUCCUCAACUAAGCAGAGAAACACUCUACUCUCCAAUCCGGAUUAGGAAUUGGAAUUGGAAUCGUAAUUCGUAAUCGCAGCAAAAUCAUGCAACAUUGAGAUUUGUCCAGCACGCCCAUGGGCAGGAACGGAAGAACGGAGAACCCAGCGUGCAACAGCAUUAGCUCCAUAAAUAUAUAUAUAUAUUAACCAUGGGAGAGCAGCA